AUGAUAGCGCGCGGUCGUUCUCGCGAAGUUUCGCGGGCAGCGCUGGCGAGGAGGUCCUCUGAAGAGAGGCUUUCUCGUGUUCAUGAAGUAAAUGCCCCACAGCAUUCGGAGAGGAUCCCGGGGCAUGCGACCUCGAGAAAGUCACGACCCAAGUUGGAUAUCCCGCACCAACCCUUGGUUGCACCGGCAGCACUCGCACCGCAACCUUUAACCUCAAUGUUCAUCCGAAAUUCCGAGGUUAAGCAGCCUCUCGCCCCGGCCGAGGUCGCUCCGACACCCAUUGGGGCAGAACAUAUGCCCAUCCCAUCGUUUCCACCGUCACCAUCCACAUCACCAUCGGAAUCCAUGUCUUCUCAGCCGUCGUCCAACGACCGCGACUUUUGUAACUAUUUCUACUGCGACUCGCCUCCUUCACCUCCUCACACGAUCGAGGACCAGUUACAUGUCGCCUACGCACAUGAUGAUAUUCAUCUCGCUAAGAUUCUACUUCUCAAAUUAAGAGGCAUCGAAGUUACGUCGGACGAUGACCCUCGCAUAGCUGCGGUGCAGGAUGAGGAUUUUGACGAGUGCUUUCUUCCAAAUGGUAUGUUGCUGCUGACGGAGGAGGAGGAGCAGAGAGUAAAGAAGGCGCAGCGCUUAGAGGCUGAGAAGAUACGGAUAGAGUUAGAGAGAAGAGCGCUGAGGGAAAGGGAGCGCAAACAUGAGAUUUGGGAGAAACGGUGCGAGAAGAUUUGGGAGAACGAGAAGCUGCGUUUGCGGGAGGAGAAGGCGCGGAUUAAGCUAGCCAGGCGGAAACAGGAAGAACAGCGCAAAGCUCGCCAGCAGGAGCUCGAGUCGCAUCGCCCUGUCACGCUCAGCAGAUCGCGAAAACCAAAGUUGUCUUACAAUUCUUUGUCGCAAAGUCGCGUAUCAUCGGCCUCGUCAGCGUCGAAAACAUCGCCCUCUGGGUAUGCCUAUAGUUUUGUCGUUACUCCGGCCUUGCAGAUACCUCCGUCGCGACACAGGAAGAUGAAGGCCGCUUCAUCUCGUCCAUCCACGUCCAAGGCUCGCCGAGAAUACCCCGCUUAUACCUCAGACUACAGUACUGAUACCGCGAGCGACGAUACCGGAUUUGACGCGUCAGGGCCUUCAGUGUCAUUCAAAGAAGUGAUCACGUCUAUGAACGGGCCUCUCUUUCCUCUAAGCGCAUCUGAGCGUGCUCAUUCACUGUCCAGGUCAUCCAAGUCCGUCUCUACUUUGAAGCAUCAUCGUAGAUUAGACCCACUGGAUGUGCUUUUGGAUUCCGAAGCGACUAGUUGGGUACCUGAGGAGAGGCUACGGCGAAGGCUCGAUAAAGCGCCCCCAAGAGAUGACAACCAGCCUUCUGGGUGGAGCAGGAAGGACUCGUGUACCAUCUGCCGAACGAAUUCGUCGUCGAGCUCGAUAUCAUCUCCCACGUCUGCUAUCUCCGAUAAUAGCGACCUAUCGAGCUUCUCAUCGUUUACUUCGUCGAUGACCGAUAUCACGACUCCCCCGGUAUCACCCUCUUCCUCUUCCGAUGUACCUCUGGCACACUCACUUGCCGAUGCCAUGCAGCCACUCUGCCUGCCACCAGAGUUUGGCCUCUCAUCAUGUCGAUGUAUUCGACCCGUUUCGCGUUUAAUCGCGAUAGAUCCAUUCGAGGAUCCGCUCUUCGUACGCCCGCUCCCUGAAAAGUCUAAGGCCUUAUCAUCUCCCUUACCAUCUCCGAAGUUAAUGUCUCCUCAACCACUUUCGAAGACUCGCAAAGCAUCGAUAUCAUCCGUCUCAUCUCUCAUCAUCACACAAUCCAAUUCAAAGCUGGGACAGCACGUGAGCAGAUUUAUUCAGCUUGCGAAGGGGUUUCAGAACGCGUAUAUGCACGCGAUGGUUUACUCGGUUGUUCCCAAUUGUGAUGAUUUGUACCGCGAUGACUCGAUCCAAACUUCUCCCAAGAUGAAGAAGAUGCGGUUAAUGCCGGAUGGUUAUCGCACCAGUAAAGAGCAGGUCGCGGAGUUUAUAUGCAACCUUGAUUCUUUGGAAUCUUCGUCGACUCCUCCGACGUUUAUCUCUCUCGGAAACGGGGUAGAUGCGCUACAGCACACCGUCCUCAAACAGCCGUUCCGCUAUCAGACCCGGUUGAAGCGCGGCUUGGAGCCUUAUAUAUCACCCUUCCUGCGUGCACAUCAGCAGGAACGUGUGGCUAAGUCCCGGAUCCGGAGGAACGAGCCAAUGCUGGACCUGCGAGAUGACAGCGAGUUUCGUCGAGUGAUAUCACGAAGUAGAUCACUCUCACCACAUCCAGAACUGAGGAAAAGAAUCAUCGAGAAUCCGCUGUUGGUGAGGAUGCAGGCUUUACAGGGUGCUGUGUUGGAGCGUGGUGGAACAUGGGACGCGCCGAUGGUGAGGGCCGGCAGGUUAAGUUGUGGAAAGGAGAAGAUCCUUGUUUACACGACGGCGUUCAUAAGUGAUAGUCCAUUAGGCAUUCAUCGUUGA